UGGUCGAUAGUCGGACUCACCAGCCAGAUGCUUGAAUCAAAAAUCAACACCUCUCAGUACACUUUAGAAUCCAUCGAUAUCAAUCGUAAGCAUCUCAUUAGGCUUAACCGAUCGAUGAAUGAGCAGUUCGAAUCAUCUAAAGACUGCAUCGUCAUCUCUUACGAGAAUGAACUUCCUUUGGCCCAGUGUCGCCAGAAGUUCACUUCCAUGGAGGCACCACUGCGAAACGGCGUCAAAGAAUCAAUCGAGAGCAAAGCGGAGAAAUAUCAGUACAUGCCUUUUUUCGUGAAACUGUUCAUCGCGCGCUACACGUACUGCCAUAGAUUCAGCGCUUGUGACGUUGCCCUUUCAGCCUCCGCGUUGUUGCAUUUUGGUGGUAAAGCAAGCGUGGAACAGAACUUCCUUUGUUCUCUUGAUGCUCUUUCCAGGAAGCAUACGAACGUUCUGUACAAAGGCGUAGAAUUAUUCAAGACGUUUUUGAAAGUUUCCCUUUCUGAAGUUUGCACAUAUCUAAACAAUGGAUCUGUGAUUCCGAAUAAUGUGAUACUGCAGUGCGUCAUUUCUCAGGAAACUCCGGGGUGGAAGUUCUUCUCCAAGCCAUUCGGCAUCGUUAUGUUUGGAAAUUUCCUUCUUCGAGCUUUCGUGCAAACGCCUAAGGGAAACAAGCACCGUAACAAACCGCUGGUCUUGGCCGUAUCUUUGAGGAAUGAAGAAAACACAAGUCUCGUCGUUGGUGUACCGCCCAUUUAUGUACAGCUGACCGGAGAGAAGCCGACGAAGUAUGUGUUCGUUGAAUUCUUUAUUAACUGA